UCACACUGCUCUUAAUGGGUGUAAUCUUUCUCAGCUGUUUUACCUUGACUUUGUUUACAUUUUUCGGGUUUAUUAACGCUUAAACAAAGUUUAACCAUAAAAAAUGGCCUCAGCAACCAGUUCAAGUGCUCGACAUUUAUUCGACGAGUCCAAGAAGCGUCUGUGUGCCCGCGUGGGUGUGAAUGUGAAUAAUUUGGGUUCUGUGGCCCGCCAAGUGGUUCGAGGUUCUAAGAGCAAUGAGAUCAUGCACCAAACCCUGAAGAACUUCACCCAAGUGGACGUGGUCUCGGAUUAUAGCCACCAGAAUCUGCAGAAGAUGACGCUGAUCCUGCAGCACGUGGGCUACCAGUACGAUGUGAUGCAGGACAGUGUCAACCACCUGGAUUACCUCAAGGAGCAGGUGACAGCCAUGGAAAGAUGAUUGGAAGAGCAAAAGCCUAGACACUAGCAGCCCCCUUGACCUCCGCCGUCAGUUUGUCCAAAGCCAUCUAUCCAUAAAUAUCUAUAAAUCCCGAAAGAUAGACCCAGAAGGUCAAGGGCCACCAAAAGAGUGUGGUCUGCCGAUAAGAUAAGCCGUGUGACUUGGAGUUCCCCUAUAAAAGAACUGAACCACAGUGAUUUCCAUCGCAGUUGGCAAUCAAA